UCCCGCGCGUCACCGCUCUGCCUCCGCCCCGCCCAGGGGCGUGGUCACUGCCAGCAUAGCCAAUGAGUGCAGGUCGUUUCUGUGACGUCAUCGGGGCGUGGCCGGGGCGGAAAACCCGCUAUGGCGUACCCGGGGCAGGGCUACCCCGGCGCAGGACAGCCCCCCCCGGUGGGGCCUACCCCGGGGCUCCGUACGGCGGGGGGCCACCCCCGGGACCCUACGGGCAGCCCCCACCGGGGGCUCCGUACGGCGGGGGGCCACCCCCGGGGCCCUACGGGCAUCCCCCGCCCGGGGGUCCCUACGGCGGCCCCUACGGCAGCCCCCAGCCCGGUCCCUACGGCGGGCCGGCCCCGGGAGGGAGUGCCCCCCCAGGGGUGGAUCCCGAGGCGUUUUCCUGGUUCCAGUCGGUGGAUACGGAUCACAGCGGGUUCAUCUCCGUCAAGGAGCUGAAACAGGCUCUGGUCAACAACAACUGGUCCUCGUUCAACGAUGAGACCUGUCUGCUCAUGAUCAACAUGUUUGACAAGACGCGGUCGGGGCGCAUCGACGUCUACGGCUUCUCAGCCCUGCUGCGCUUCAUCCAGCAGUGGAGGAGCCUCUUCCAGCAGUAUGACCGGGACCAGUCCGGCUCCAUCAGCUUCAGCGAGCUCCAGCAAGCUUUCUCCCAGAUGGGUUACAACCUGAGCCCCCAGUUCAGCCAGCUGCUGCUGGCCCGGUACGCGCAGCGUUCCCCCAAUCCCAAUCCCAGUAUCCAGCUGGACCGGUUCAUCCACAUCUGCAUGCAGCUGCAGAGCCUCACCGACGCCUUCCGGGAGAAGGACACGGCCAUGGCGGGGAAUGUUCGGCUCGGCUACGAGGAUUUCCUCACCAUGGUGGUGACACGGAUGCUCUGACAUCCCCACUCCAAAGGCUGGAACUCUUCAGAAGCUUCAGCCAUCCUCAUCUUCCCUGUUGGAUGAUGCUGAGCCUCUCUGAGAGUUCCCCCCCUGGGGCCAAAUUUCCAGCUUGAUCCACCCCAAAUCCUGCUGGGGUUUUCCUGGCUUGGAUUCCUUGUGGCCAUUUUUUGGGAGUCAGGGUGAAUCCCAUGCCAAACUGGGAGAGCCAAAGCAGCUUAGAUCCCGUGCCAGCCCCAAAUUCCAGCUUCAUCCCGAGGUGCCUGCAGCAGAACAUCCCCGGUUCGGGGAGGAAAAGCUGAGCCUUGGGUUUGGAAGAAGCAGGAAAGGGGAAAAGUGAGGACAAAGCUCCUUCCUUCCCUCCCUGAGUGUCCUGGGAGCACGUCCCACCCUGGGAAUGCUUCCCUGGGGGUCUCAUCCCUGUUUUCCCCAGGGGCUGCUGGAAUGGGAUGUGCUGCUGCAGCCCCAUGGGAUCGUUCCCUCGCUGUUGCCAAUCCUGAAGCCAAAUCCAGACAAGGUUCAGAGCCCAGUUUUUCCAGCUUUGGAAUAAAAUGUGUUGUGCUCCGGCU